UGAGUACAGGCUUUGAAGUUCGUGAAUGUGACAGGUUCGACUCUGUGAAUUCGUCAGGUAGUAGAGUCAUGUAGCUGUUAAGAUAAAAAAUAAAACAGUUAUCAAACAUUUUAAUUGUAGUUUUGUUCUACAAUUGAUGUUUCUUUUUUGUGUCGGUGAUUGUUUUAUUGUCAUACAGUGACAGAGGGGGAUGAACGCGGUUUAAUAGGACAGUGUGGAGCUGCAGUGAACGUCUCUGACUGAAUACGAUUGUAAACGCACCAGAAACGCACGUGGGGCAGAUGCUGGUAGUCACUGACACAGUUUGAGCCAGACUUCGUCGCGAGUUCGUGCGUCGUUACAGGAAGAAGUGUCAAAACGGAUGUAUGGCAAUGACCCAUGUUGUGAACGAGACCAGCCACGGUUUGUCUCUCCUCGUCGCGUUUAGCUUGACAUUUUAGCGACACAUGAGACCCACUAGCCACAGCUACCGCUCUGUUGGGAUUAUUCGGUACGCUGUUUGACCGCGAGAGUGACUUUAUCUACGGCGAGUGGAUAACUGCUCUGAGAAAACAUGGGGACUCAAGGCACAGGACGGAAAAGAUCUACCAAGAAGGAGAGGUCGACGGCAGAGGAUGAUGCCCUAAAUCUCAUAGCGAGAGAGGCCGAGGCCAGGCUGGCAGCAAAGAGGGCAGCCAGGGCAGAGGCCAGAGAGAUCCGCAUGAAGGAGUUGGAGAGACAACAGAAAGAGAUCUUUCAGGUGCAGAAGAAAUAUUAUGGUUUGAACACCAAAUUCGAUGACCAUCAGGACAGCAGAUGGGGAGAUAUAGAACAAUGGAUGGAGGACAGUGAGAGAUACUCACGUUCUUCACAGAUACAGAUACACAUGCUGUCAGACGACGAUGAGCGGAUGUCAGUGGGAAGCCGGGGAAGUGUCAGGUCGGACCUCGAUGCAGUAGGGGCUUAUGGUGGAGGGGGCUCCUCACAUAAGAAGUCAAAGAAAAAGAAGAAGCAUAAGCACAAAGACAAAGAUAGGAACGGCUAUGAUGAUGAUUACAGUGUCAUAUCCAGCAGGAGCUCAAGACUCAGUGAUGAAAGCAGAGUGUCUCGCUCCUCCAGGCUAGACCUGACGAGCUCCAGACUGAGUGAUGACAGCCGGCUGUCUCGUGCCUCCAGAUUAGACCUGCAGCCGACCUCAUAUGCUUCCUCUGACUUGUACAGCCUCAAUGGUCUGUCCUCCUCAAGAAACCCAGGUUCAACUUUCAAUGGUUACCAGAGCUCCUUAUACGAAGACAGUCUCUGCAGUGGAUCACGGCGAGUCACCGGCUCCAGCUCCCAUCCUUUAGAGUACACUAGUUAUCGCAGUUCCAACUCUAGAGCCUCCAGCAGGGCCGGUUCAGCCCGUGCCAGCCCAGUGGACAACUGCAGCUCUGUUGCCAGUUUUUUGAGGAGCUCGGCCAGUAACAGUGGCCUCCCCCGGGACCUGGACGAUAUUACUAUUCCUGACUUUUCAGAUGUGAGUCGGUUUGCACCCGCGGGAGGCAGAGGCUGUAAUGUGGAGGACAGAGAUUAUCUUGAGAAGGGAUCUCGAGCUGCCUCUGCCUUAACGGCAGCAACCCUCACCUCCUUAGGUGGGACGUCCUCCCGCAGAGGAAGUGGAGAGACAGCUAUAACUGUAGAUGCUGAGACCUCCAUACGAGAAAUCAAGGAGAUUCAUGAACUGAAGGAUCAGAUUCAAGAUGUGGAAACCAAGUACAUGCAGAACCUAAAAGAAGUCAAGGAUGCAUUAGCAGAAGUGGAGGAGAAGUAUCGUAAAGCCAUGGUGUCCAACGCCCAGCUGGAUAAUGAGAAAAACAACUUGAUGUACCAAGUGGACACACUCAAGGAUUCACUCAUGGAGCUGGAGGAACUGCUGUCUGAGUCGCGCCGAGAAUACGAGGAGAAAGUCAAGGAAAAUGAGCGAGAGAAACAUGCUCACAGUGUCCUUCAGUUCCAGUUCAAUGAAAUGAAAGAGACGCUAAAACAAAGUGAAGAGCUGCUAAAUGAUCUCCGUCAGCUGCGUAUGAAACAGGAUGGUUUUGUCAGAGAAAUAUCUGACCUGCAGGAGACUGUGGAGUGGAAGGAUAAAAAAAUUGGGGCCUUAGAGCGACAGAAAGAAUACACAGAUGCAAUCCGAACUGAGCGAGAUGAGCUCAGAGAGGAGGUGGUGAAGCUCAAAGACAUUCUGAAGAAACAUGGAAUAGUAUUGGGACCUGACCUAAACAUAAAUGGGGACAUUGGUGAAGCAGAGGUUGACGGGUCCCCCAGUGGAGACUCUGCCGGCCAACCAGCUCAGGAUUCACAGACCUCCCCAGCAGAGGGGAACAGCAUGCUCGAGAUUCGGCUGAGGAAACUGGUGGAUGAGCGUGAAAAAAUGAUAGAGCAGGUGAAGAAACUUAAAGCCCAGCUGGAGCAGAAGUCACCGAAGAACGGCUCAGAAAGCAGUUCAAGCCCAGAUGGUGAAAUUGUGGAAAAUGGCAACGAUCCCAACAUAAUAGAGUUACAGAGAGAUUCCAACAGGCAAAUCAGUGACUAUAAGUUCAAACUCGUGAAGGCAGAACAAGAAGUCACCGCUUUAGAACAAAACGUGACCAGACUGGAGGGUCAGGUGACACGCUACAAGUCUGCAGCAGAGAACGCAGAGAAAGUGGAGGACGAGCUAAAGGCAGAGAAACGGAAACUGCAGAGAGAGUUGCGGUCAGCGCUGGACAAAAUCGAUGAACUCGAGUCAAACAACAGCCACCUAUCUAAAAGACUGGAGAAGAUGAAGUCUAGUCGCGGCAUGGCACAGACUCCAUAGCACCGACCCUCACACAUCAAAUCCAUUUUCUCUGUAUCCAAACCUGGCUGAUCACACGGAAGCUGAGACAUCCCGCACUCUCUUUGUUUCUCUUUCAUCUGCCUGGUAGCAACAUUAAGAAAAAGAACAAAAAAAAAAAAAAUCAAGAAAGUUAGUUAUUAUAUCCACACAAUAGAGAACACCACCAAGCAAUGUGCCAUUUCUUUGUCUGUUUCUUCUGAGAAUUCUUCAUAGCGUUGUGCACAUACCCAGGAAGUAGGGGGAGUGGAUGUUUGUGUACCUCAUGACUUUGGUUGAACCUCUGCACUGCUCUGCUUUAGGGGAAGGGGGAAUGGGCUGCACAGGAGAGCUCGGGGGACUGAAGAAGACUUCUCUGUUGUCUGAUGUGGCAAGAGACAAAAAUGUUGCACUGCCCUCUUUCUGCUGCCUCACGUCACAUUUCAAGAUAUUUACCUUGCCUUGCUCACAUGGAGGACAGAGAAUUUCAAGAAAAGGCGGUUCAGAGUGCGGUGAACAGUACCAGUGUCCGCGGCCCAAAACUUUAACCCUCAGAGGAUAUGAGUGCUUUGUGUGUGUUGUGAAUGAAAGAGCAAAGUUAAGUGUAUUUUCCUUUUCCGACCUUUGCAUCCAAAGCCAAACUAUUUUUAAAAAUGUAAAUGUCGGACUGUCAGUCCAGUUUGUUUGUGUUAAAACUGAGCGAGAUAAAAAAAAAAAAAAAAAGGUCUCGCUUCAGUUCUUACAGCGCAGUAUAAUCAUCACAGUCAAAAAGUCUUUCAGCUGUAGCUCCUGCGUGUAAGCCAGCAGCCUUACGCAGGUUUACCGAAUGCUGAACAGUUUGACCCACAGUGUGUAGCCGCCCUUCUAAUACACAGUAAUAUCUCCGUGCUUCUUUCUGCUCCAUAUAGUCAGUCACUGGUUGGCUCUCGUGCACACAUUUAAAUGCUGAGACUCGAUGAAGAAAUGUGACUACAGGGACUCAAAGCGGUGUUAGCAGGAGAUACUGAGCACACUGGGGUGAUGCUGCUUCACUGUUUACAAAGCUUUAACAUGUUUGUAAGGAAAACAUAAAGAACUAUAAUGUAAUCUUUGUGCAAUAAAAUGUCAAACCAUA